AUGAAUCUAAAUGGCGGCUUUACCCCUUUCACAGUAAGGUUGUGCUUUGAUUGUACGAAUAAUGUCGCAGAGUAUGUGGCUUGUAUCCUUGGUCUUGAAGCCGCAAUUGAUCUUCGAAUCAAGAUCCUUGAGGUGUAUGGAGGUUCAGCUUUGGUGAUCUAUCAGGUCAAGGGAGAAUGGGAAACUCGUGAUGCGAAGCUGAUCCUGUAUCGUGCUCAUGUCGUAAAGAUGAUAGAAUACUUUGACGAUAUCACUUUCCAUCACAUCCCAAGAGUAGAAAAUCAAGUGGAUGACGCUUUGGAAACAUUAGCAUCAAUGUACGAAGUCAGAUUCCGUAAUGAAGCCCGACUUAUUCGAAUCGAGCGAAGAGAUGAGCCUGCCUACUGUCAAUUGAUUGAAGAAGAAACUGAUGGUAAACCUUGGCUUCAUGAUAUCAAGCGAUAUCUUCUAAGUCAAGAGUAUCUAGAAAAUGCUACAUUGUUGGAUAAGAAAAUGCUAAGGAGGUUAUCAUCCAAAAAAAUUUGA